CUACUCCCAUAUCAACAUUAUUCUACUACCACAAUAUUCUAGUUUCAGCAAGAAAAAAGCUAGAGAAAUAUGGCAUUGGGUACUCGUCCCUGCAAUGCUGGUCUUUUCUUGAUUUUCUCAUUGCUCGUGUUUAUUACAUUUUCCAGCGUAGCUGAGGGCUACAAUCGCCUUCAUCCACGAGAUUGCAGUCCGAGAUGCACAUACAGGUGCUCAGCAACAUCACACAAGAAGCCAUGCAUGUUUUUCUGUCUGAAGUGCUGUGCAACUUGCUUGUGCGUGCCUCCGGGUACCUAUGGCAACAAACAAGCAUGCCCUUGCUACAACAAUUGGAAGACUAAAGAAGGAGGUCCCAAGUGCCCUUGAUUCUUGUCAAUCACAAAGUUGGAGAGAAGAAGACAAAGAAGCGCCUCUAAAUAUACAUAUAUAUAUAUAUGAUUGUCAAAGGCUUUAAUUUUGCUUAUGUUUUUGGUCAGAAAAAGGGCGCAAGAAUUUUCCUUGAGUUUACAUUGAGCUGUGAUAGACGAUUGGGAAGACUAUUCCGUUCCAUAAUGCUUCCAGUAAACAGUAACCUACUUUAUUUAUAUCUGCCAAUGCUUCAUUUCAGUUGGGAUUGGCAGGAUCAUGAGACAGUUUGGUUAGAUGUGAUCCGCAUGUAUUGAUCUAUAUGUAUCUGUCGCACCAUUGUGAGUGAAUUGAGAUUUAUUGAUACUGUUUCAAAAGUA